CGACUUGAAGAUUGAGUGGCUUGUCGUUAAAGGUGUUUGUGGUUUUGUACAUGGCGCUGCAACUUCAAACGAUUCAUGGAAGACUUUUGCUUCUGUAAUGGCAGCUUCUGUUGUAUCCAACAUGUUGAGUAACUCUUUUGUGUUUAGAGACUGGCCUCAUUACGGACUCCGAGGUACGUGUACAUUUUUGUCACAGCUUUGGUUGUGUCUUCCAAGAGAUCUUGUAACUUGCUUGAUUUCCUCGGUAUAGAAUAUCGCUAUCUGCUGAUGAAACAUGAAGACCAACAGUGGAAUUAAAUAUAUAUCAGAAAACUGAUAAACAUACGCAUUCUUUGUUUUUCAAUCGCAUUGCUCUGAAGAAAACUGAGAUACGUACAAGUUAACUUUUAAGUUAACUUAAAAGUAGUUCUAGUUCCAAUUUUAAAGUCAUGGAUAACGUUCUAAAAUUCCAGAUUAGAGGGGUUCAUAAGAAAUUACUCACUUUCUGCGGCUUCAUUGUAUUUCAUUAGUCUUAAAUGAAAUCUUUUAUCUUUCGUCUUAGAUUGUAGGUAUUACAAAUCGUUGAUUAAAGACGCUUAUCAAAUACCCUCUCCCCCAGCCCUCCUAAUUAUUGUUUUCGUGUCCAGACUAUUGUGCGCAGUAAGACGAACCCAGAUUUUCUUUGUUUACCUUUUUACGAAGUACCUCACUGUUACUGAGCGGUUUAAAACAUUGUUGAGUUCUAACUCUUAGCUUUUAUUCCCACCCAAUGAAUUUCAAUUCUUCAAGUCCAUCAAUUUCUCUUCUCUCUUUUCCGUGAGCGGGCUCACAUGAGAUUUUCAUCUUAAAUCAGCACUUAUUUUGACUCCUGCUUGUAACCCAUUUCACAAAUUUAGUAAGGUGUGUUUUAAUUCUCACUACAGUUUGACUUUCCUUUCACUUUUGCAGACAUUUCAACUGGAGAGGAGAGUUGCAAAAGUGACAACCCUUCAGAAAAUAAACGUAGAAGGCUUGCAGGUAUUGUAACAACACACGUGAAAAAAUACUGCAUUUUUUCACGUGUGUUGAUAUAGUCAAUCAGCUGCUGACACGUCACUCGUCUUUCGCGCCUCUCGGUUAGGUUGAUGAAUGAAUGGCAAAGCGUGGCAUAGCGUCGCAAAGCGUUUGGUUUUUUUUUCUCAAACCAAGGUUGUUUAUUUCUGAAAUGUGCACAAACUAUGGCUGAUAGAUUCGUUUUGCUUACAGAUACAGACGUAGAAAAAUUUAUCGACAUUGAAGAAAACAGAAACACAGAAAGAAAAACCGAAGGGGACUUGAGUUUGGUUAUGGUGUUUCUCGCGAGGGAGAAAGAGAAUCGAAAAAUUGAAGAUCUGCCACCGGCCGAAUUAGAUACCUACCUGAGCAGAUUUCUGCUAUCGGAACGGAAAAAGUCUGGCGAAGAGUACAAACCAGCAACUCUUAAAGGAAUCAUUUCUUCGGUUGAACGCUAUCUGAAAAAACGGGGCUACAGCGACUCAAUAAUCACGGGUCAACCGUUCGCCAAAACGCGAGAUGCAUUGAAGUCAAAACAGAAACCGCUGAAAUGGCUUGGCAAAGGAAAUAAACCAAAAGAUGCAGCUAGUUUCGACCAAGAGGAGAUUGAUCUACUUUUCAGGAAUGGAGUCAUGGGAAUUCAUUCGCCUCAAGCACUCAUUAACACGCUGUGGUUCAACAACUGUUUACACUUCAACAUAAGAGGAGGAAAAGCGCAUCGCAGCCUGAGAUGGGGAGAUGUUGUCUUCAAAACCGACUGUAAUGGUAAAGGAUAUCUUGAAUACUCAGCUGAAAGACAAAAAAGAACAAGACCUGGCGAUAAUUCACUAGACAGAAGACAAAUCAAGCCUCAAAUCUACGAGAACCUUACAAUGCCCAACGAGCGAAAUCCCGUUUCAGCAUUCAAAUUGUACAUGACUAAACGGCCAAAGGAAACUCUCGUCGAUGGGUCGCCAUUCUACCUAACGAUAAACCAUCUUAGCAAAGAAAAGUUGGCCUUAUCAGGUGCGAAAUGGUUCAAGUCUCAACCUAUGGGAGUGAACAAACUAAAUACUUUGAUGAGAGAAUGUGCGAAGGCAGCUGGUCUUGACACAAAUAAGCAAAUCACCAACCAUAAUGCAAAGGAAACGCUUUGUCCAGAUAACUGGCCAAAAGAAUCCUCAGUCUAUCAAUAACUACAGCUUAUUGGGAGAAAAGUAGCAAAUGGCAAAUUCAACCCUCCUGUCGACAACAUGUUCAAGCACUUCUGUCUCGCAGCAGCUUCAAUCGCAAACAGUGCCGCAGCCGGUGAUACAACAAGAAUUUUCUGGCAGGUUCGUGCCCGGUGAAAGUUAAUUGUUUUAAAUCUCUCUUUCAAGGAAAUUAUAUUUGUGGAGGAACAUUUAACGUUCAUGUUUCAAGUUCAGCUUCCACCAGUACGAUGGUCAAGGAAAGUCCAUAAAGGAAGAAAAAGUUUCGGAGACUGCAAGUGUUGGACAGUCAGGAAAGCAGCUAAGAACUUUUGUGGUUUAUAGUUAAAACAGAUAACUGAUCAUUUUUUGAGUUAAAAGUUACACCCAUUGUUUUUGUUUUUGUUUUUUUGUAUUCUUGUAAUAAUAAUUCACAGCGUUUUUAAAUCUUGAUCCUUAUUACUAACGCUUUUUUCGCGGAUAGUGGAUCGUAAAUGUUCGUUUACAUUUUUUCAUUUAUUUAUAAAGUCGACUUUUCCUGGAAAGUAAAGCGCUAUUGUGCUAAUCUGAUGAAUGAGAUGAUACAUGGUUGCUUGGUCGCGCGCCCAUGGAUUAUUCUUUAUUUAUCAUUUAAACUACGGUGUUAUACAAGGAUUUCCAGCCCUGAUAAAAGUCGUAACAACACACGUGAAAAAAUACGAUAAUUUUUUACGUGUGUUUGAUAUCACCAAUCAGCUGCUGUCACUUACCUUUCGCGCCACUCGGUCAGGUUAAUGAAUGAACGGCUAAGUCUUCGCCAUUCUCAAUCCAUGGUCGUUUGUCAGAGUUCUUUCAGAGUAUAGCUGCUAAAAUACUAAUAAAUCCGUACAGACAGUGACGUUCAAAAUUUGCAAGAAGGGGAGGAAAACCAAAAUUCAAAAUAACUGAGAAAUUUUUAUAAUGAAAAUUAGGCCCACAUUUUGUGUCUGUAGUGAUUCAACGCAUGUUUUCAUCUUGAGUGCGCCAAUGUACUUUAUGAUUUUUAUUCGUAGUGUCGAUCCUUUCAUUUUAAUUCAUCAAUAAAG